GUUAUGUUCGGGUACUGCUUGAAUUUUCUAUACACCAAGCUUGGUUUUACAUGCUUUAUUUAAUAAGAUGUGCCACAAUCAGUGCUAAAGCAUGAGCUAGAUUAAGAAAAAGUUGCUCAAGUCAGUGUAGGUGCUGAGAUCUGAGAAAGACUGGCAGUGACCGAAAUAGCCCGUACGUAUGCCAGCAGAUUAGUCCAAAGUAACACAGAAGACGUUAGCAGAGUCUGCAAGAAAAAGAUGGCAGUAGCGAGCCAGGCUCGCGUAUACGCCGAUGUUAAUCUUCAUAAGUCUCAGUCGUACUGGGAUUACGAAAGCUAUAAUGUAGAAUGGGGCCAACAGGACGACUACCAACUCGUUCGCAAACUUGGAAGAGGCAAAUACAGUGAAGUAUUCGAAGCUGUAAAUGUUACCAACAGCGAAAAGUGCGUAGUUAAAAUAUUGAAACCGGUAAAGAAGAAGAAAAUUAAACGAGAGAUAAAAAUACUGGAAAAUCUAAGAGGUGGUACAAACAUAAUAAAUCUAUUGGCUGUUGUCAAAGAUCCAGUGUCCAGAACACCUGCUCUAGUAUUUGAACAUGUUAACAACACUGAUUUCAAGCAACUAUAUCAAACCCUAACGGAUUUCGACAUUCGCUUCUACCUUUAUGAACUACUAAAAGCUCUAGACUAUUGUCAUAGUAUGGGAAUCAUGCACAGAGACGUGAAGCCCCACAACGUCAUGAUAGAUCAUGAGAAAAGAAAAUUACGUCUCAUAGAUUGGGGACUGGCUGAGUUCUAUCAUCCAGGCCAAGAAUACAAUGUACGUGUAGCUUCUAGAUAUUUCAAAGGUCCUGAACUUUUAGUCGACUAUCAGAUGUACGAUUACUCUUUGGACAUGUGGUCGCUGGGAUGUAUGUUGGCUUCCAUGAUUUUCAGAAAGGAGCCAUUUUUCCAUGGCCACGACAACUACGACCAGCUGGUGCGUAUAGCAAAAGUAUUAGGUACGGAAGAACUGUCCGAGUAUUUAGAAAAGUAUCACAUAGAAUUGGAUCCACGAUUCAACGACAUUCUUGGUCGACACUCUCGGAAACGCUGGGAACGUUUUGUGAACGGUGACAACCAACACUUAGUGACCCCUGAGGCUUUAGACUUUCUGGAUAAACUGUUGCGUUACGAUCAUUUGGAACGCUUGACUGCCAGGGAAGCUAUGGACCAUCCGUACUUCCACCCCGUAGUCAAAGAACAGGUACAAAAGAUGGCCGUAGGGUCUUCGUCCUCGACCCAACUUGCAGGUGGUUUGUCUGUAGUUGGUGUAGGCGAAUAAUAAAAAUAAUGCGAAUGAACGCGACGAACCGGGAGAAAAUUGUUUUGAUUCAAAGUAAGAAGUCCUACUUUAUCAGUGUGUCGAAAAAAAAAAGUUGUCCUAGGAUUGGAAAUUAAUUUAAAAAUGAAUAGUGUUUAAUUUGUUUAAACUGUUUAUAGUAAUUAUAUUUUUAUUGAACAAGUUUUUAAGUAAUAAAAUGUUCUAAUCUGUUACUGUUUUUCUUUUAAGAAAAACUAUAAAUUCUCAUUUUCAGUAUUUCUCUAAAUAAAUUCUACCGGUACCUAGAUCUUUUUCUUGCUUUUACAUGGCAAUUCAUUUAAAUUUUCCACCCCACUUUUCUUUCCACUAUUUUUAAAGUUAAAGAGGUGUUUCAAAAAAAAAAUCGUAGGGGAUUUUAUAGACUUAAGAAUUAUUUUGUCUUAAAUAAAUGUACAUACGAGUCCACGGUUUUAAUAAAAGCGUAGUCAAAUAAACAUUAAACGAAAUUCCUAGGUAUUUUCUUAUUUUAAAAGAUAUAUUUUAUGAGUAUUUAAAAAUAUAAGAAAUGUUUCGUUUAAAAUAUAUUAGUUUGAUUGACUACUUUUUAGAAAAACCACUAAAAAAACAGUCGUUUUUGAAACUCCUUAUUACUUUACGAAUAACGAAGGAAAAUAGGGCGGAGAAAAUUAUUAAGUGAAUCGCUAUGUACUGUCGAUAUAAAUAAUCAGUCAGAAAUAAAUGUAUAGGCAAGUUAGAAUCCUUAUUUAAUUAAACCAUGACUUUGUAUCUAUAUUCACAGUUAAAAAUUCUAUUAAGAAAAUUUGAUAGAAACAGUUGCCCUUUUGAAAAAAA